UAGCAAUGGCGAUGACUGAACAAACACCAUGCUUUCCAAUGAGCAACCACACAAAGGAACGUGUCACCAUGACAAAGAUGACUCUGGAAAACUUCUACAGUAACCUCAUCGCACAGCAUGAGGAACGAGAGCUAAGACAGAAGAGGCUGGAAAAAGUGAUGGAGGAAGAAGGCCUCCGGGAUGAAGAGAAAAAGAUGAGGAGAUCGGCACAUGCCCAAAAAGAAACCGAAUUUCUUCGACUAAAAAGGACGCGGUUGGGGUUAGAAGAUUUCGAGUCUUUGAAAGUAAUUGGAAGAGGCGCUUUUGGGGAGGUUCGGUUAGUUCAAAAGAAAGAUACUGGCCAUGUAUAUGCGAUGAAAAUUUUGCGGAAGGCAGACAUGCUGGAGAAAGAACAGGUUGGACACAUUCGUGCAGAAAGAGAUAUUUUGGUAGAAGCAGACAGCCUGUGGGUUGUAAAAAUGUUUUAUAGCUUUCAGGACAAGCGGAACCUCUACCUGAUCAUGGAGUUCCUACCCGGAGGUGAUAUGAUGACCUUGCUGAUGAAAAAAGAUACCCUGACUGAAGAGGAAACCCAAUUUUACAUUGCUGAAACUGUACUUGCAAUUGAUUCGAUCCAUCAGCUUGGUUUUAUACACCGGGAUAUCAAACCAGAUAACCUCUUACUGGAUAGCAAAGGACACGUAAAGCUGUCAGACUUUGGAUUAUGUACAGGACUUAAGAAGGCUCAUCGGACUGAUUAUUACAGAAAUCUGAACCACAGCCUGCCAAAUGACUUCAAUUUUCAAAAUAUGAAUUCAAAGAGAAAAGCAGAAACAUGGAAGAGAAAUAGACGACAAUUGGCAUUUUCUACUGUUGGUACUCCCGAUUAUAUAGCGCCAGAAGUAUUCUUGCAAACUGGCUAUAAUAAAUUGUGUGAUUGGUGGUCACUAGGAGUCAUAAUGUAUGAGAUGCUGAUCGGAUAUCCUCCGUUUUGUUCUGAGACUCCCCAAGAGACCUAUAAGAAAGUUAUGAACUGGAAAGAAACUCUUACAUUUCCUCCAGAGGUUCCCAUAUCAGAAAAAGCAAAGGACCUUAUCUUACGUUUCUGCUGUGAGUCAGAGCAACGAAUUGGUGCUUCUGGUGUAGAAGAGAUCAAAUAUAACCCGUUCUUUGAAGGUGUUGACUGGGAACAUAUUAGGGAAAGACCUGCUGCUAUACCUAUUGAAAUAAAAAGUAUUGAUGACACUUCAAAUUUUGAUGAAUUUCCGGAUUCAGAUAUUCUUAAACCAAUGGGUGCAAGCAGCCAUCCCGAAUCAGACUUCAAGAACAAGGAUUGGGUCUUCAUUAACUACACAUACAAGCGCUUUGAAGGACUAACAGCUAGAGGAGCACUUCCAACUUUUAUCAGGCCACGGAAAUAAAACUUCUAUACUGUGACAAGUACUCACCUAUUAGUAUUUUUAACUUGGUUGCCUUAAGACUCUGGACUGUUUUGGCGCUUUUAAAAAAAAGCAUGACCGUAUGCACCAGUGGAAAGUUUGAAACUUCCAUGCCUUCUUAUGUCAUAGCCUGUAUCAUCUGGAAAAUGCCAUAAACUCCAUUUCACCAUGAAAGGGAUUAGUCUUGCACAACUACUUGUUUCUAAUCUAGCCUCAUACAUUCAAAACGUGAUCUGUGAUCAUGUGACUGCCUUUACCAUUCCUGGUCACCUUUACGAAAUUUUUUACCAUUUUUACUCUUCUACUUCUCUGCAGUCCAGUAUAAAUUUAUUUCCCAAUGGAAGAUUGUUUUGGUACUCUAAAUAUUUGAUUCAUUUGUGUCUGACGCUCAGACCUCUGCAGCUUUAAGAGUCACUUUCAGCACCAGCAGCAUCAUGCACUUUGUCCACAUCAGACUGUGUCUGCACCAGUUUGGAUCCGGCAUACUUGUUAUUCCAAAAGACAAACUCUAGACGGUUUCAAGAAAGUGAAGCCCAAACUAUUUAUUUAGCUUUUUCCAAUGUUGAUUUUUAGGAAAAAUGUUUGUAAAAUAACCGUGAAGAAUUUUUUUUUUUUCCCCCCUUACCUGUUGUUAUUUCUUAUUUUUUUUCUAUUUGUAAUUUGCUUUGUGGAAUUUCUAGUGCUUUAAAAAUAGUGCAGAGGCAAACUCUGCUUUAUAUUUGGUAUUUUUACAGCAUUAAACUAUUGUAUGCA